CUGCACCGCACACGCCUUCAUACCCGCACACUUGGCGUGUCAUGUUCCUGUCCCUGUGCAAGUGACUGUGGCCCUCUGUGCCGUGUGUUGUCUGGCCCCAGCUGGCUGGCUCCAUGCGUGAAGCACCUUGCAGCCAGUGGCCCUCUGUGGCGCACACAGUGGGAUGACAAGUGGCCUUGCUGAAGUAAAGCGCCCCCGUGCCUGAGGUGGGAGGAUGUGAUGACGUCCCCACGCAGCGGGAACUCAGGCCUUUAAAAAGCUCAGGAAACAGCCUCAGUGAGUGGUGGCUCCCCUGGAGGAAAGCACACCCCAGUGUCACAUUAAAGAAGCCAAACUGUCUGCUUCAAAGAGAAAAGGCAACAUCCUGUCGCAGGCCAUGCUCUGGCAAAAAUCCUCAGCUUCUGAACAAGCCUCGGCCCCACCCCGGCCAUACCAGGGCGUCCGCGUGAAGGAGCCAGUGAAGGAACUGCUGAGGAGGAAGAGAGGCCACGCCAGCAGCGGGGCCGCCGUGGCACCUACUGCGGUGGUGCUGCCCCACCAGCCCCUGGCUACCUACGCCGCAGUGGGUCCUUCCUGCCUGGACAUGGAGGUCUCUGCUUCUGCAGUGACGGAGGAGGGUGCUUUGUGUACCAGCUGGCUGUCCCAGCCGGCCCCGGCCACCCUCCAGCCCCUGGCGCCCUGGACGCCCUACACGGAGUACGUGUCCCAUGAGGCUGUCAACUGCCCUUACUCCGCUGACAUGUAUGUGCAGCCCGUAUGCCCCAGCUACACGGUUGUGGGGCCCUCCUCGGUGCUGACGUACGCCUCCCCGCCACUCAUCACCAAUGUCACGACGAGAGGCUCUGGCACACCCACGGUGGGGCCCCCGCUGGAGGGCCCGGAGCACCAGGCACCCCUCACCUAUUUCCCAUGGCCCCAGCCCCUUUCCACACUGCCCCCCUCCACGCUGCAGUACCAGCCGCCGGCCCCAGCUCUGCCUGGGCCCCAGUUUGUCCAGCUCCCCAUCUCUAUUUCUGAGCCAGUCCUUCAGGACAUGGAAGACCCCAGGAGAGCCUCCAGCUCCCUGACCAUCGACAAGCUGCUCUUGGAGGAAGAGGAUGGCGAUGCCUAUGCACUCAACCCCACGCUCUCUGUGGAAGGCUUUUAGGGCUGGCUCCCCCCCCGAGAGUCCUGUUCUCUGAAACUGGAUUUAAAAAUUAGCCUGACAUUGAGCCCCCAGUUCACAUCCGUGGGAAGUAACCAUUUCAAUAGCAACAUUUUCUGCCCCAAACUAGAAUCGUAGACUGACCUUUUUUCCUUCUCUCCUGCCCUCCCUCCUUCUUUCCUUCCUUCCUCUUUCUUUUUUUUUUUUUUUGUUUCUUUGAGACAGAGUCUCACUAUGUCGCACUAGAGUGCCGUGGCAUCACAGGUCACAGAAACCUCUAACUCUUGGGCUGUAAGCAAUUCUCUUGCCUCAGCCUCCAAGUAGCUGGGACUACAGGCGCCCGCUGCAACACCCAGCUGUUUUUUGGUUGCAGUGGUGUCCUUGUUACUUUAGCAGGCCGGGCCCAGGCUCCAUCCUGCCAGCCUUGGUGUGUAUGGCCGGCACCCUCCUCCCUGAGCUAUGGGCGCUGAGCCACCUUUCUGUUUCUUAUUUCUUUUUCUAGUUCUGUUUCUUUGGGGGAGGGAAUUAGAGAAAUUUUAGAGAUAAUAUUUUAUACCAAAUGCUGCCGUGUCUGAGGCCCAGAGAGCUUUCAUUUCUGUCUUGUUCCUCCGAGUGCCCGCUGAGCUGUCUUAGGAAAGUCACAUCCUCUGCCAUUCUGAGAGGUAUGGAAUGGCCAGCAGGAAGAUCAGCCAGCACCUCCUGAGAGUGAGCAGGGCGGCCCCAAGGCCAGGGUCCCUGGGCUGGCACCCUACAGUCCCUCCUUUGUUUGCUCUUCUAAGCGCUGGCCAGGGACGGCUUAGGCAGCAAAAUCUCAAGGCCUGGGGCUCAGCCUGGUGAUGGGUGGGAGUGGAGGUGGGGGGAGACAGGCGCUUCAGGGUGUAGGGGAGGGUGGGGGCUUGCUGUAUGUCUGUGGUUGGAGAGGAGGUAUUAGGGGGAAGCUUGGGUUUCCUGGGGAGAAGAGGAAGUCUGAUGAAUGGUUUAGGUAAUUAGAAAGGACAGUAAACUUCAGAGAAUCCUUGCUUUAACAGUUGACUUUGGUGUGCUGCUCAAGGAUACUUUCAAGGCAAGCUGAGUUGAUGUUAAAAAAAAAAAUGAAUAAACGGGAUUUUUUUUUUUUAAGGACAGAGUCUCACUUUGUUGCCCUCGGUAGAGUGCUGUGGUGUCACAGCUCACAGCAACCUCCAACUCUUGGGCUUAGGUGAUUCUCUUGCCUCAGCCUCCCUAGUAGCUGGGACUACAGGCGCCUGCCACAAUACCUGUUUUUUUUUUUGUUGCAGUUUGGCCAGGGUGGGGUUCAAACCCCCCUUGGUAUACGGGUCAGGCACCCUACCCACUGAGCCACGGGCACCGCCCAACAGGAUUUUUUUUUUCUUCUGGGUAGAUGUCCAGUAAUGGGAUUGCAGGAUCAAAUGGGGGGUGUAAUUUGAGUUCUUGGAGGGUUCUCCAUACUUCCUUCCAAAAGGCCUGUAUUAGUUUGCAGUCCCAAUUCUCUCCACAUCAGCGUCUGUAGCUUUGAGACUUUGUGAUGUGGGCUAUUCUCACUGGGGUUAGGUGCUAUCUUGGGGGUGGUUUUGACCUGCAUUUCUCUGAUUAUCAGGGAGCAUUUUAGAGCAUUUUGAGCAUUUUUUCAUAUGUUUGUUGGCCAUUCAUCUGUCUUUGUCAGACAGGGUUCUGUUGAUAUCACUUGCCCAGUGGAAGGUGGGAUUGUUUACUCUAUUUCUGCUGAAGAAUUUGAGUUCUCUGUAGAUUCUAGGUAUUGACCCUCCCAUUUGUUAAUUUUUGUUGUUGCAAUGGCUACUGAAGUGUCUUUGUCAUAAAAUCUUUCCCAGUCCAACAUCAUUAAGAGUUUUCUUCACACAUUCUUCUAAGAUUUUUAUUGUUUUGUGUCUUAGACUUAAGUUUAAGUCUCUUAUCUGUCACCCCAAUUUUUGUAAGGGGUGAAAAGUGUGAGUGGAAUUUCAGUCUUUCACAUGUGGUUAUCCAGUUCUCCCAGCACCGAUUGUUAAAUAGGGACUCUUUUCCCCACUGUAUGCUUUUGUUUAGUUUAUCAAAGAUCAGAUGGCAACUAGAGACUGGUUUCAUUACCAGGACAUUUGCACUAGACCAGUGGUUCUCAACCUUCCUAAUGUCUCCUAAUGCCACGACCCUUUAAUACAGUUCCUCCUGUUGUGGUGACCCCCAACCAUAAAAUUAUUUUCGUUGCUACUUCAUAACUGUAAUUUUGCUACUGUUAUAAAUCAUAAUGUAAAUAUCUGAUAUGCAGGUGUAUUUUCAUUGUUACAAAGGGGUUGUGACCCACAGGUUGAGAACUGCUGCACUAGACUGUUUCUCACAGCUCAAUUUACAAUUGCCAAAAUGUAGAAACGGCCUAAAUGCCCACCAACCCAGGAAUGGAUUAACAAGCUGUGGUAUAUCUAUGUUGUGAAAUACCAUUUAGCCAUUAAAAAGAUGUAAACUGUAGGAAAAAAAAGAUGUAGACUUUACAUCUUUUGUAUUAACCUGGAUUGAGGUGGAACCCGUUCUUCUUAGUAAAGCAUCACAAGAAUGGAGAAGCAAGAAUCCAAUGUACUCAAUUCUAAUAUGAAGGCACCAGAUGACUUAAUACAAGGGGGGCGGGUAGGGGAAUGAGGGAUUAGCGAAAGGGGAGGGGGAAGGGCCUGGGGCUGUGACACACCUCUUGGGGAUGGGACACAAUUACAACAGGGACUUUACCUAACAAUAGCAAUCAGUAUAAUCUAAUUCUUUGUACCCUCAAUAAAUCCUAAACAAUAAAAAAUAAUACAAAACAAAACAGGUUGAACAAUGUGUUUGCCAUUUCUAUUCCACUAGACCCUCUGCUGGUCCUGUGUGUAGGCCAAGACUCCCCUAAAGCCUCAUGGUGGUGGGGUACUUGGUUAUUGGCGUUCAUGUGGGUUUAUUGAAUGUCUUUAAAAGCACUGAUGAGCUACCAUUCUGCGGAGCCAAGGCCUCCUGCAUCCAAGCACUCCCGGAAGGGUCUGGGAGCUUCCAGAGCCUCACGCACAAGUAACGCUAGGUUUCAUUUCACUCUUUAUUUUUUUUGGUGGAGAAACUUCAGAUUUGUAGGGGCCUGAGUGCAGCUGUCAACAGGGGUACUUAGUUCCUGAUACUGCAUGUGUGUCUUGGAUUCAAACUGGCACAUCCAUCUGCCAGUGACACCAUUGUCACCGUCAAGUACGCAUUCGGUUUGUAGAAUCCAUGUAGAUGCCAUGGACCUUUCUGGGAAACGAUGGUUUCUUUGACACAAUUUCUUUCCCCAUUUUGAAUGAAAACUCUGUUUUGCACUUUGUUCCUGCUUUGGUUUUAUUUUGACUCCAAUUUCAGUAUCUGCCUAAAAUCCCAGUACACCUAGUUUAACUUACUUCUCUUUAGCCUUCAUUUUUAUAUUUAAAUGCUUAAGACAGCAUUCGAGAUGGUAAUUUUUCAUCUUCAUUGGUAGUGACAGUGAGUAGGCAAGGGGACAGGUCUCAGCCCUGUUUCAUUCAUUAAAAGCCCUGGUUUCCUAUAAAAAACACCAUGCAAGAUUUUUCAGCUUAAGAAGCAACCUCCAAAAAGGAGUUAAGUCGGCAACACUAGCAAGGAAAUAAAGUAUAUUAUUUACUUAAGAUUUAAAUGAUAUCUUCUGUUCUUUUUAUCUUGAAGUCAAAUGUCUUUGUUGCAGCAGUCCAUGUAGGCUUCUUCCUGGGUUUUCUGCCAGAUGGAAACAUUUUCAAUAAAGAUAUGU